CUCAUCCAGUUUCUCUGAAAGAUGAAUUUGUUUUUCACUGAUACGCAAACACUACACGGUGAAAUUUGUUUCCUUUUGCUUUCCAACCCAGAAAACAAAGAAACAGCAGAAUCUGCAACCACAAAGGAGGUUUUAAUUUAAUAAAAAAUCCUUCUUUUCAUUGGUAAAUUAAUUCGGCAGUAUCUUUCUCUCUCUUUUUUUCUCUUCUCCACUUUAAAUCAAAAUUGUUUCCUCCUCUUCUCUCUCUCUCUCUCUCUCUCCCCAUUAUCAUCAUCAAUCAAGCUCAUGCUUUGCUAGUUUUCUGCCACUAUCCAUAUUUUCUUCUUUCCUUUCCUUUUUGUGGCCUUUCCCCAUCAAUCCAAUCCUCAGAACAAAAUUGACACUCAACUCUGUUGUUUUUGCUGUGAAAAUCCCUUGUUAAAAAAAAAAAAAAAAACAACAGAGAAAUCUCAAUAAAUGGGAACAGAGCUGCCGAAAUUUGCAUCCUCCAUCAAUGAAGGUGGAGGAACCUUCAUGAUGACAGAGUUAAAAAACCAAUUCCAGAUACUGAAAACCAAGAAGGCACUUUCUUAUGGCUUUGUAUUCUUCUUCAUUGCCUUCACCAUUUUCUUAGCCUUCAGCCCUUCUCCUAACCCUUCUUCUCCAUUGUUCUCCAACAUUUUUAGCAUCACUAGUCUUACUUCCAGUUUACCAUCUUCUUCUACAAAUGGAUCUCAUAUUUCUUCUAUUUUCUCUUAUUUUUCGCCCAAUUCUUCCAGUUCUUCUUCCUCACAGCAAGCAUCAGGGAGUGGGACUAGUAACAGUACCACCAGCAUUGAUAGAUCCCAUAAUAGUUCCGGUUAUGGAGAACCAAAUUUCAAUAAAGGGUCCCCAAUUGUGCAUAACCAGACUCAUCCUGAGGGGUUGAAUGGUGAUAAAGUUGUAGUCUUGAAGCAAAAUCAGAGUAGCACAAUUACUAAUGAAAUUGUGGAUGCUACAGCUAAUACUACAGGGGAAGUCUUGAAGACAAAUCAGAAUAGUACAAUUGUAACAGCUUCAAAUUCAACUGGGAGCGUGAAUUCUGCUUCCGGAAGUGUACAGAAUGGGGAGUUGCAGAAUAAAGGAGAAGUCUUGAAGGCAAAUAAUCAGAGUAGUUUAGUUGGGAAUGUACCAAAAUCUACCAGUAAGGAAAAUCAGGCUUCUGGGAUUAAAGAGAAUAAUAAAGGAGAUGUCUUGAAGGCAAAUAAUCAGAGUAGUACAAUUGGAACAGUUUCGAAUUCUCCAGUAAAGCCAAACCAGGCAGCUAAUUUGUCAUCUGGAAUUGGUGAGAAAGGUGUGGUUCAGAAUCUGACUUCUUCUUUGGUAGGUAAGAAGAGCAAUGGGUCAUCAAAUUCAGAUGUGCAGCAGCAGAAGCAGGGGAUGAAUGAGGAGGAUUUGGUGAAGUCUUUGGUGAAUUGCAAUUUGUUUGAUGGGAACUGGGUGAAGGAUGAAUCCUAUCCUCUGUACAAGCCUGGUUCUUGCACUUUGAUUGAUGAACAAUUCAAUUGUUUCCUCAAUGGUAGGCCUGAUAGUAAUUACUACCAGCUUAGAUGGAAGCCUCAUGGUUGCACUCUUCCAAGGCUAAAUGGAACGCAUAUGCUGGAGUUAUUGAGAGGAAAGAGAUUGGUGUUUGUUGGCGAUUCUCUCAACCGAAACAUGUGGGAGUCUCUCAUCUGCAUCCUCAGAAACUCCGUCAAAGAUCAAAAGAAAGUCUAUGAAGCGUCCGGUCGCCAUCAUUUUCGAUCAGAAGCUUCUUAUUCCUUUGUUUUUGAAGACUACAAGUUCACAGUGGAGUUCUAUGUGUCACCAUUUUUAGUGCGGGAAUCUGAGUUCAAGAAUAAGGAUGGAACUAAGAAGGAAACUCUUAGACUUGAUUUGGUUGGAGAAACUGCUACUCAAUACAAGACUGCAGAUUUCAUCGUAUUCAACACUGGCCACUGGUGGACUCAUGACAAGACUUCUUUAGGGAAGGACUAUUAUCAAGAAGGAAGCCAUGUUUAUAGUGAGCUGAACGUCCUUGAGGCAUUUCGUAAAGCUCUUACCACUUGGGCAAGAUGGGUAGAUUCCAACAUUAAUCCCAAUAAAAGUCAUGUUUUCUUCAGAGGUUACUCUGCAUCUCAUUUCAGUGGGGGGCAGUGGAAUUCCGGUGGCGCAUGCGAUCACGAGACAGAGCCGAUCAAGAACGAGACCUACCUCGCCGCAUAUCCAUCCAAGAUGAUUGUCCUCGAGAAUAUCUUGAAGAACAUGAAAACUCCAGUCUCCUACCUCAACGUUACUAGACUGACCGACUACAGAAAGGAUGGCCAUCCAUCCGUCUACAGGAAGGUACACCCAUCGGAAGAUCUCCAAAUCCAGGACUGCAGCCACUGGUGCCUACCAGGUGUGCCGGACACCUGGAACGAGAUACUUUACGCCCAAAUCCUGGCAAAACAAUACCAAAGGAAACAAGGAGAAAACAAAGGAUCAUAGGUACAGAAGUAAGUUUGUUGAGUUUUGUGCAGAAGAAUGUGAAUGUGAAUGACAGUUUUGUUGUUGUCACCUUUGGGGGUAAAAAAACAGAAAAGAAAAAAAAAACUAGAAUAGUUAGAUACAAAAAAAAAAGGAAACAACAUUGGACUUGGAGAAGAAUGUCCAAGAGUUUAUAAUAGUAAAAAUAUAUAAAAAGUGAGAGAGAGAGAGAGAGAGAGAGAGGUGAAGAGUACUAUUUUAGUAGUAAAUUGUACUUAGAUUUUGUAUGAGAAGAAUACACAAUUAAGAAAUGACUCUCUUAAGGAAGAAGAAAUCCUUGCUGCUGCCCAAAAGGGUAUGGAGAUUUGUAAAUGGUUAUAUAAAAGAAAUGAUUAGGGGCACCAUUAUAGUAAUACAAUUUCUUGAAUAUAAUAAGGGAAUGUAAAACUAUUCCCUUGAUCAUACUGCUUGUCUGUCCAUUCUAUGUAUCUUUGUCGGAUCUACGAAUGUUCCUGAAGCAUUUAUUUUAUUUUAUAUAUAUAUAUAUUUUUUAAAAAAACACUAGAUUCAGAUCCAGGGUCUUUGAUUCUUAAAUUACUAGUGAUGUAUGGCGCGACCUGGCCCAGCCGAUCUGUAGAUCUUAGAAAUAUUUAUAUUUGAAAAAAAAUAAAAUUUUGUAUUUGUAGAGAUAUAUUUUAGAAAUGUUUGAAAGAUUUAGAAAUGUUUUAUAAGUGUGAUCAUAGAAAUAUUUGUAUUUCAC